AUGAAUCGGAAGCCUUCUUUGAGCGGUAUUACUCGAGAUGAUGCAGCUGCCUAUCCCCUUGCUCAUGAGUCCUCGACAAUCAGUCUUCAUCUGGCUCAUUCACGCCUGAGGCUUAUUCAUGUAAUGGCAAAUCUAGCAGAACACAAUCAGCGCCGUUUUUGUAUUGCUGCAUACCAGAACGCGUUGCAUGCCCGGCUCAAUGACCACGCUCUUCGAUUCCUCAGUCAGCGGGAUACUGAUGUCAGACGACAUCUUCUACCCGGUUGUAGCAGGCUUAUGCACCUUGGCCCAUUAGAGGAUGAUCAUCUUUCGAUCAUGGAGUAA